AUGCUUUCUUUUACUGUUCAUCAGGUUGCGUCAUUUGCUCGGCAGGGCAUCCUGAGUUCCGUAGCAUCCAUAGUAAAAAGAGCUGCAGCGGCUGAAGCACAAUGCAGUCUCGCCAGGAGCCCACCACACUUACGUCAUGCGGUUCCAACCCUAAUUUCACCGUCUUUUGAGAAUCCUGCUCCUCCUAGUCCCCUAGUUACCUUUUUUCUGCAAGAACUCAGCAAUCUCCUCACUCCAAUACCCUUCUCUUCUUCUUACCAGGAAGAGUUCCCUCGUCUGUCCUUUGGGCUGGCAAUACUUUCUGCAUUCCUGGACGAAAUGAGCAACGUAGACAAUGAUGCGGCUGGUCUUAAUCUGCCACUAGAGGCUCAUGUUCAUAUGCAAGCCAGAUUUCAGGGCUUUGAAUUACUUCAAAUCUUUCAACUCCUCCUUCGCUUGGUGGAGAGUCUCCUUCGUUCCCGUGAUUGGCCGGCAGAGAAUGCGGAAAAUGAUGAAACCACUUACCGUUUGGUACAUUGUCUUGAGAGCAUCACUUCGUGGAAUUUUCUUCCCGAACAUAUUGUUGACUUUACUUGUCUGCGGCCAGUGGCGAGAAGGAGUUCGGAUUUCCGUCCAAAUGAAAGUUGGGCCUGUGUCGUCGGUGUCGACGCGAUCUCUGCUACCCUCUCUCUCUUCUUGAAGCUGCAUUUUCGCCUCCGAUCAAUCUCUACUUAUUGCACCCGAAUUUUGUCUUCCAUCGUGGCGCUGGUGUCCCUAAAUGGUCCUCUGGUGGCCAAUACCCACAAUGUUGGUUGCACCCCUACUACCACGCCUUGUCCACUAGCCGAGCAUGCCUCCAUCUGUAUGAGCGGCUUAGCCCAUGUCCUCGUUUCGCCUCACCACCAUCCUCUGGCUGGUGUGAGCGCCCUUCUUCUUCCUUCUCCUACUGAGCUGAUCACCUCCCUACAGGUUCAAAUCAAUGAUGUUGGUGAUUUUGCUUCGUUCUAUCCGCGCACAGCUGAAGUUGAGGCUGCUUUUGCAACCCUUGCUCCUGCCAUCCCGGACGGUGCGGCGGGUGGCUUUUUAUCCUAUGAGCUGCCCCUGUUGGCCGAAUUAACCGUGAAUUUGUUGCGACGUCUGGUGGAGGUGUGCGGAGUAGUGGAGCGCUUUGCUAUGGGGAAUGGAUGGCCGGCGUCCGAUGCUCCGGGAAGUCAAGAAGCAGUACUAGCGCGUCUUGUCUUCUAUCUCAGUGCUGUUAAUGCCUUUUUGGGACUGGUUAAAACCAUUCUUUUUGAGUGCCUUCUCCUCGAGGCGGGUGUGGUGACGAGUGGUAAGAAGUCGACGGUGGAUUUAGGCGACACGAUGCGUGCUGCCCAUGAAGCAAGCGAACGUAUCUUCGCCUACCUUUCUGACGUCAGUGGAGCGGUGCCACAUUUUAACGCAGCUAACACCGCCCUUUCCUACACCACUGGGCCUUCUGCCGCUCUUGAUCAAAUGGUCUGUGCUCUAAAACAGACCUGUGGGCAGGUUCGCACCAACUUUCAACGCUACCAGCUUGAUCUCAUAAGAGUAUACUUCGGCUCCCAUCUUGCUGCACCUGUCGGUUUUCGUUUGGAUAACUCGACCACUCAGGAUGUCACUGAGGGCAAUCAGGAAGAAGUUGAUCUCGACAUUGACGAGGAUGACCAAAUAGCCUAUGAGGACAGUUUGUUCGCAAUUGGCCAGUUCAGCAGUUCAUCCGAAGGCGAGGCGCUGGCCGAAGUUGUGGGAGUGUUGGCGGGCCUCUUGGAGGAGCGUGUUUGGCUUCUUCCGCAACAGGCUACAUCGCAGCCUUCCUUCGGACUUCUUGAAGACCUUCAUUGGCUCCUCCUCUUUGUUGGCCACAUCCUCGUUACCGGACCCUCCAAAACAGGCUCCUCGAAAGGGUCUCAACCCGCCUGGGAUUCCAACUUCUCCAUACCGCUUGCGAUAUGGUCUAUGGGUCCGCGUUCCUUUACACUGGAACAAUUCGAAAAUUGUCGGGAUUAUCUUGUCAAGGCCACUGAGAACAUCCCUUGCAACGAAACCGAGGGUGUGCCACCGCUUUUACGGAUCUUCGGUACCCUCUUCCGUCUGUUACGAAUGCAGGUAUCCAGUCGGAUAGGCUCCGCCCAAUUGACUGAAGACACUCUCUGGGUAUUUGUUCGUCUCACUCUCACAUACUUCUCAUACAACCAUUUUGCUGGACCUGAAGGAAAUCUUGAUCCGGAUGAUACAGCGGCAUCCGACGGCGAGGUGACUUUGUUCAAGGCCUUACUCUGUCCACCAACUAACAGCGCAGGUAGUGGUGGAAUAGCAGCCCGUUCUGCCCACCACCAACUACUCCUUGCACAUGCCUCCACAGCCCUGACUCUUUCAUCCCGCCUCGCUAUGGCAACGUGGAUGGGUGAGCCCAAAGUCGCCACACUUGCUUCCGCUCUUCUUGCCGCCAUCGCUCGUCACUCUCUCUUCAUCGACCCCACUAGUUUCCUCCUCCAACUUUGUAGGGAACGAGAAGAAACAUCGACACCAUCUCCUACGCAGUCGUGGAUAGAGCUCUGCCGCCUCGUCUUUGCGGUGGAAACUUGGGCCUGUCUAGAAACAGAGACACUAGCUGAAUUAGUGGACUCCUGUAUGCGUGGCUGCUGGUGUCUUCGUGGCACACAUCGGGCCAACCUUACUUCCAGCGACCUCUUCUAUCAGUUUGUAGAGGAGCUGCGUGCUCUUGUAACUGAGCUCAUUAUCGUAGACGAUGGGCGGAACAGAGAAGGAGGUGUGAGUGGACAUGUACCAAAAUCAGCCCUUCUACCACAUCUGGUCGCUGGUCUCUCGGCUCUUAGGGGAUUGGCGCGGGCCCUUCGAUGGAUCGUUGCUCAUGGGGGCAACUCCUUGACUCUGGCUUCCAGCUCCUCUGCUGCUGUCGCUACCGGUUCCAGUGAUACAGACCUUGUGGGCUUUCUGUGGACCAGUAUUAUUCUUCCUAUCCUCAAAACCUGCUCCUCGUAUUUUUUAAAACAAUACCACAUGUACCACGAGAUGACAGUUGCGGUGCUGAUGUUGUUUGAAGAGGUGGCUGACAACUGUCUGCUUUACUUGGCCAACUGUCCGGUCACCCUGACUGUUGAGGAUGCGAACAAUGUCUUUCGCCUCACUGAUGGACUUCAACUACGUUUUCCCUUACCCCACACAGGCUCGACUCAGUUCUUCAUUCUGACUGUCAUACUUUGUGCCCAGUACGCUCAGACACAUUCAAGGAGAAUCACCGCACAAAGUAUCUCGAAGGACGCAGACGAGGAACAAGUUACUGAAUUACGUCAUCUCUUCUCCCUCCUCCAAUUUUUCCUCGCCCACGAGUUUGAGUUGCGCCUCUACGGAGUUAUGGGAACAGGACUGGAAUCAAACUCAGCUGGUGGUAGCGGUGAUGAGGUCGAGAUGAUGACCACAGUCGAUGUUACUCUCGUCUGCGUUGGGUUUCUUCUACCCCUUCUCACUCAUUCGCUGCUGGCAGUUCCAGAAAUGGCGAACUGCUUCUACCACCUCCUUUCCUAUGCUUUGGAACUGCGUCCUGAAGGUUUCCUCCAUCUUACCAAGGACAAGUCGACAGAGGCGUUAUCCGAACUAGGGCGUCUUCUUCGUCACGGCAUUUUCAAUUUAGCUGAUACCACGGUGAACAUCAGUGGGCUGGAGGCAUUAACUUAUUUGGCCGAAUUCUGCGCAACUCGUGGUUCUCAACCGUCCUCUGCCGCAGCGGCCACGGCCAUAAUGACUCACCUGCCGUUGGGAAAGGACCUCCUGCGUGAGCUCCUCGGUCUUGUCACCCGCGAUGUUUUUCUGACGCAAUUGGAGGAUUCCCUCUCGGGAUGCAUCUUCGCGUUGGCUUCCCUUAACUUACAAAACUUCCAGGAAGUGGCCAAUGAGUCUGUAGCUCGAUGUUCGGAUGACGUGAUCGCUCAACAGCGCCUACAGAACGCCUUCCUUGACCUUUUCACCCCCUUGGCAAAUGCUGCUACAGUUUCGGAGAGGAAGAGGCGCAACGACUUUAUUAAUCGUUUUCACCUGUUUGUGCCCACCGUCCGCUCUUUUCUCUGCAACUUCUAG